UUUAGUCUUCCUCGCUACAGAUAAUAAAAGCUUUAAAGAUAGGAAAAAUAUUAAAAUUAUUACGAUCAGCAUAAAAGGCGUGUGGAAAGACAUCACUAUGUUUUGCAUGAGUUGUUUUGUUUGUCUGGUGUUUAUUUCUCAGUUUGACAAAUUAGUUUUAGUCCAAACAGAUCGUAAUGGAUACGGUAUCUCUACUUUGCUUUUCUUAGCAACAUAUGCGCGAAAAUUUUUAAAAUAGAAAUCGAAAGUGCAGUUGGUGGUGGACCUCCUUAACGUGGCUUUUGGACAAAAAAGGAAAUACCCGAGUCAAGAAACUACCGCGUAGGUAACGGUGUACGAUUUAGAUUUUAACGGAUAACCUGCAUAAAACAUCCAAUGAUGGAAUGCCAAUCAGAGUUGUGUCAUAUGCAACAGUGGUUUUACAGAUAGCUUACCAUCAACUGUAGUAUACGAGAAAGGCUUAGCAACGUUAAUCAAAAUAAGUGGUGAAGACAACAUGAUAGAACUAGAUGACAAAUUAAAAGGAAUGGAAAGAUUAAAAAAUACCAUCUUUGUUCAUCAUAAUUGCCGUAGAAGAUUCACAAAUAAAAGAAAACGUUCUUCCAGAACUGUGCCAUCCAAAAGAUUGAGGUCGUCUAUGGGAGCAUCUUUUAGCUGGAAGUUGCAUUGCUUUCUGUGUAGUCAAAAUGCUGAAUACAAACGGAGAGAGAGAGAGAAACGGUUAAAAAAGUUAUGACUCUCCCUGUACAUAAUAUUUUAAUGCUGUUAAGAUUGAGAAGAAAUCAAUUUGUAUGAGUCCAACCAUUCUCUUUACAAGACUUGCAGCUGUUGCACAAAGAGAUAUGGAACAGUAUUUUCCUUAUGACAUGAGUUCAGAUCCUAUGUCUUUGUUUAAAGGUGGUCUUAUGCGCAAACUAGACAAACCAGCUUUGAGAAGAGCUUUGUUGCUUGAUGAUAAAGCUAUAUAUAAUUUCAGUUAAAACCAGAAGAUUUGGGCUGGCAGUUCAAGAAUAACACAUUGGUUCCAACUGAAACUGAUAAUGAAGUGGCACCUGAAUAUUUAUUAAAAAUUGUACGUUGUAAAUGUAAAUAAUCUUCAAAAAAUCAAUGUGGUUCGAAUCUCUGAACCUGCGGAAAGCAUGGUUUAAAUUAUGUAGCUAGAUGUGGUGGAUUUCGUGGUGAAGAAUGUAAUAAUCGCGAAGUAAUGGAAAAUGUAGAAUCAUCAGAUGACGAAUUAGAUAACAGAAAUGUAUUUGACCUGUUUGAAUAAAGAUUUGAAAUUUAUUUAUGCAGAAAAUAUAUAUUUGAUGUAAAAUUUUACAAAUAAUUAUUCUCCAUAAAUACCAGAAAUUUCAGAUUAGAUGCACAUAAUAGCUCAUAACUUGAAAUAGGUCAUUUUCAAGGCAUAUAGUUCUUACUUAAAAUCGAUUCAGAUUUAAAUUAUCUUACUAACAAGUUAUAAAACGUGUAAAUUUGAGUGAUUUAAAAAAUGUGCCCUACGACUCCAGUCCUCCAUUUUGGAUUGGGGUCGAAAAAUCGAGUUUCCCCAUGUCAGAUUCAUGAGGCUUUUUUGGAGACUUUAGGUAUCAUCUUGGUUCAGUUUGCCAAGUUUUAGCUUGAUACUAUUUUUUUCUGGGUAAGGCCAAUUUUUAAGCUUCUGAACUAUCAUCUUGUGUACAUUGACAAUCUGUUAAUUUUUUUUUAGAUAUAAAAAAUCAAUUUAAUGUCUGCUCCACAGCCAUUUUUAUCUGCAGGACUUCCUGGAUUAACGUUUGGCCUAUCCUUAGGAAGAGGGUUGUCAAUUCAGCUAGAUCCUGCUGGUCAUGUUAUUGGUGAAAAGGAAGAAAUGAACCCCGAGGAAGAUAUUUGCUACAUUAAGAACGUCACCCUGCCAACUGGCAUGUUGGUUAUACACUUGUAUGGACUGCAUGAACUGAGUAUUCCUGAUCUUACAGAAUGUAUAUUAUAUGUUACUUUUUCAAUUGCUUCGACACGGAAGGCAACAUCUCAGAAGAAAUACAACAUUAAGACUCCGACUGUUCUAUUUAAUGAAAUCAAAAUGUUACCUUUUGUGGUAAAUCCUAAGCCAGUGCAACAAAUGAAUAAAAUUAUUGUUCUGGUUUAUGCGUGCAGCCCAGGUGAGGAGCAUGCGGUUUCCAAAGCUAAACACAGGAUUGUUGGAAGAUAUGAAGCACAUUUGCAUAAAUUGCUAAAGAAUAUCACAAUGAAAGAAGUGGGAUGUUUGUUAAACAAAAAGGGUAACAUUGUGGGAAGUAUUGAAUUUGAAUGUUGUGUAACAUACGGAGCCUUUGGCUAUGGCCAGUCUUACCAGAACAAUUAUUCAUCCUCGAAAAUUACAACAUCCAACGUUCGUACCGUUACAAAACGAAGCUAUUGAAGAUCUGGAACCUGAAAUUAGCGCAACAUACAAUGAUCCUGUUUUGGAAUGUCCUGACUUUCCGUUACUAAAGCAACAUAUGCAGAGGUAAUAUAGAGAGAACUGUAUUUGAACCAGGGAACUGAACCAGUUCUAACAGUAAUAGUAUUUUACCAGUUUACGCCACAGAUCAAAAAAUGUUGGCAACAGUAAACUAUCGUAUACUUUUU